AUGUCUGAGACAGCUUCGAAAUACAUCGUAGCAGAUGCUUUUCUAGAAGCUCUUGCUGAGGCUAGAGUCGAUUACCUAUUUACAGUCCUUGGCUCCGAUCACCCAAGUAUCAUCGAGGCCUAUGUGCGUCGGACUAAAUUACAGGGGAAAGAAUUCCCCCGUAUGAUUCUGUUUCAGCAUGAAUUUGCCGCCAUGUCUGCCGCCGACGGCUAUGCCAGAAUCACCCAUCGCCCGGCAUGCGUUAUCGUACAUGUCGACGUUGGCACCGCAGCCUUGGGUCAGGGCCUGCAUAAUGCAUCUAGCGGGCGCGCCCCCGUGGUCAUUUUCGCAGGUGUUGCGCCAUCAACUCUUCACGGGGAGUCCGCCGGUUCGAGAUCAGAGCAUGUACAAUGGUACCAAGACAUUCCGAACCAGGCUUCGCUAGUGGCGCCCUAUAGUCGAUAUACUGCGGAGAUUAAAUCAGCGCAACAUGUUCAAACAGUUGUCCAUAGGGCAGUUCUCAUGGCUACAACGGGUUCUCCCGGCCCCGUCUAUAUCACAGCAACACGAGAGAUGUUGGCUCAAGCUGUGGAGUCUCUGCAACCUAGAAAACGUGCUACUAUCCCUUCCUGUCGAAUUGGUGGCUUGUCGACUGAUGCCGUAGAAUUGGUGGCUGAGGCUUUGAUUAAAGCUGAAGGGCCACUGGUAAUUACCGGAUAUCUAGGGCGAAACCAUCAAGCGGUGAAGAAUUUGAUAGCCUUGGUAGAUACUAUUAAGGGUAUCAGGGUAUUUGACUCGGAGAUUCGUGAGGUAUGUUUCCCGGCAGACCAUCCUGCCUGGGUGACACGUGGAACUGGUGCUGCCAAAGUAGUGCAAAAUGCGGACGUGAUACUCGUUCUCGAUGCGGAUGUACCCUGGAUUCCCACCAGGGUUAGACCAUCCCCAGAAGCCCAGAUAUUCCAUAUCGAUCUAGACCCUCGAAAGGAGAAGAUGAACCUAUUCGAUAUUGGGGCCACCGCGACAUUCCAUGCCGACAGCGCUACUGUUCUUUCGCAAUUAACGGAUUACAUAUCGAAAUCCGGCAAAGUCUCCGCUGAUACUUAUGCCGAGCGAUGGAACGCUGUCCAGGCUAGUUACAAGGAAAGCCAAAUUCUUGUGGUUACUCGUGCACUGAGGGCUGCAGAAACGCCGGAAGCCCCUUCUACCGUGGAUUACCUAUUACAUACUCUUCGCUCGGUGGUACCCGAUGACACAUUCUUUGUCUCCGAUUCCGUCACAAAUCAGGUCUUGCUCAAUGAGCAGCUUCGUUUCACCAGACCAGGGUCACAUCUGACCAAAGGUGGAAGUGGUCUUGGCUGGGCAGGUGGUGCUGCGAUUGGAGUCAAACUUGCAACAAGGCUUUACGAUUUGACUGACAGACCCGACGUCAAGUGUAAAACCUCGACUGAUCAGGCCGAAGAACCACUUGUUUGCAUGAUCACUGGCGAUGGAAGCUUUGUCUUCUCUGUCCCAACGGCCGUGUACUGGGCUAGCCAUCGACAUAACUGUCCUUUCUUGACUAUUAUUCUCAAUAAUGGUGGCUGGCGUGCAACGCGACAGUGCAUCGUCGACGUCCAUCCUCAGGGGGUAGCAUCUACAGUAACGAACCAAGAGCUGGGUAUCUCGCUCGAGCUUGACGGCCCAAACUAUGGUGAGGUAGCUAAAGCGGCUGCCAACGGCCAUCUAUGGACAAAGAGAGUCACUCGUGUGGCUGAUCUACAGAAUGUUUUGAUAGAGGCCAAGAAAGUUGUACUCGAGCAGAAGAUAUCUGCAGUCGUUGAUGUCAUUGUUAAAUGAGUAUCUACUCAUUAGCAAGUCGAACAAUCUAGCAUUACUCAGGCCGGUUUAACUAUGCACUUUAGGCCGUAUAUAACUGCUGUCAUGAUAACACGCCGUUGAGUACGAAUUCUCUCUAAUGAAAUUCA